AUGUGGAGCGGUGCCAUGCAGUUACUGGCUGUGUUCGCUGCACUGAAGGCCGCCUGCGUGCUGCUGCUCUCCUGCAUCUCCAUCUCCGGAUCAGCGGCGGCCAACAGCAGCGGUCGGUGGUGGGGCAUUGUGAAUGUGGCAUCAUCAGCCAACCUUCUGACCAAUUCUAAAGAUGUCCAAUUGGCCCUGGACCCCAGCCUUGCUUUACUAAGUCGGCGCCAGAGGAAGCUGAUACGGCAGAACCCUGGGAUCCUCCACGCCAUCGCAUCAGGCCUGCACACAGCCAUCAAGGAGUGCAAGUGGCAGUUCCGCAACCGGCGCUGGAACUGUCCAACAUCUCACAGUCCCACAGUGUUCGGCAAAAUCAUCAACAGGGGUUGCAGAGAGACAGCAUUUGUGUUUGCCAUCACGAGCGCCGGUGUUACCCAUGCUGUGGCACGAUCCUGUUCUGAAGGCUCCAUUGAGUCGUGCACCUGUGAUUACCGAAGACGGGGACCAGGAGGACCUGACUGGCACUGGGGAGGCUGCAGCGACAAUGUUGACUUUGGCAGGGUGUUUGGUCGAGAGUUUGUGGACUCCAGUGAAAGGGGCAGAGACAUGAGAUACCUGAUAAAUCAACACAAUAACGAAGCAGGAAGAAUUACUGUUGCCUCUGAGAUGCGUCAGGAGUGUAAGUGUCACGGUAUGUCGGGCUCCUGCACUAUACGCACCUGCUGGAUGCGUCUACCAAGCUUCAGAACAGUCGGAGACUUACUGAAGGACCGUUUUGAUGGCGCUUCCAGAGUGGUCUAUGCCAACAAAGGCAGCAACCGGGCAUCUCAUCGAGCCGACCCACGCCACCUCCAGCCGGAAAAUCCAGCACACAAACUUCCCUCACCUCAGGACCUGGUCUACUUUGAGAAGUCACCCAAUUUUUGCUCAUACAAUGGCAAAACUGGCACCCUCGGCACAUCAGGACGAACCUGCAACAGUUCCUCGCCAGCUUUGGAUGGCUGUGAGUUGCUGUGCUGUGGAAGAGGGUACAAGACCCGAAUCGAGAAGGUUACAGAGAGAUGCCACUGCACUUUCCACUGGUGCUGCCAUGUCAGCUGCCUCAAUUGCACCAGUACGCAGACACUACACCAGUGUUUAUAA